GGCGGGGCUGCCCGGACGGGGCGAGAGCGGGAGACGGAGCGUUCUGAGCCCAGGAGCAUCUUUCUCCCCAGGCCUGGUCGAGCUGUCACCUGCUGAUGUCCCUUCUCUGACAGGGGCUGGAGGGACCCCCCAGCAGCUGCCUCCCACCAGGAGCCUUCACCAGGGAGCACGAUGAAGCUGGUGGUGGCCAAGGUGCUGUGUCUGCUGGGCAUCUGUGUCCUGAUGCUGGCCGGGUCCCUGCUGCCCGUCAGGAUCAUCAGUGCUGACCACGAGAAGGCCCGUUGCUCCAGGAAGGUUCUUUCCCUCUGCAAUUCCUUUGGAGGAGGAGUCUUCCUGGCCACCUGCUUCAACGCCCUGCUGCCAGCCCUCAGGGAGAAGCUCGAUGCAGUUCUGCAGCAGGGGAACGUGACCACGGACUACCCGCUGGCCGAGACCAUCGUGAUGGUUGGCUUCUUUGUCACGGUCUUUGUGGAGCAGCUCGUCCUGACCUUCCAGAAGGAAAAACCUUCUUUCAUUGACCUGGAGACCUUCAACGCCAGUUCGGAUGCCGGGAGCGACUCGGAGUACGAGAGCCCCUUCCUCGGGCCCUCCCGCGCCCGCCCGCCCGGCGGCGACCCCGCCCGCCACUGCCACGGCCUCAGCAUCCAGGAGCUCUCCCGCUCCGGGCCCCUGCGCCUGCUGGGACUGACGUUUGCCCUGUGUGCACAUUCCAUCCUGGAAGGCCUGGCCCUGGGCCUGCAGGAGGAGGGCAGCAAGGUCAUCAACCUGUUCCUGGGAGUGGCCGUUCACGAGACGCUGGUGGCCGUGGCCCUGGGUGUCAGCAUGGCCAAGGCCUCGCUGCCCAUGAGGGAUGCCCUGAAGCUGGCUGUGCCAGUCAGCCUGAUGAUCCCUCUGGGAAUCUCCAUCGGGAUGGGGAUUGAGAGCACCCAAAGUGCAGCCAGCAGCAUCAUCUCCCUCCUCCUGCAAGGCAUCGCGGGCGGCACCUUCUUGUUCGUCACCUUCUUCGAGAUCCUUGCCAAGGAGCUGGAAGAGAAGAACAAUCGUCUCCUGAAGGUUCUGUUCCUGGUGCUGGGAUACACGGCACUGGCCGGGCUGGUCUUCAUCAAGUGGUGAGAGUGGGAAGGGUGGGAAGCAAACCCCACCUCCCUUCCCUGGCAAACGGCUCCGGAGCUGAGCCUGCUCCAGCCAAGGGGACACUGAAGCUCAACGGCCAAGUGAAACCUCAUGGUCCAGCUGGUAUUUCCCAAAGAAGGGAGAAUCCUUCCUGUGUGCUCAGAGAUAAAAACAAGGAGUGUCCCCUUGGGGAGGGUCCCAGGCCUUGUCCCUGCUGGGGGGGGGGUCUGUGGGUACAGCAGCUUGUGUGGAGAUGAGGUGACACGUUGUGGAUCUGGUGCUGUCUGCAAAGAGCUGCCCCAGCCUGUGAGUUCCUGGUGAUCCAGGUGACCAGCCCUCUCCCUCCUGGGAGUUCCUGGUGAUCCAGGUGACCAGCCCCCUCCCUCCUGGGAGUUCCUGGUGAUCCAGGUGACCAGCCCCCUCCCUCCUUCCCCUGGCACCCACUGCAGGAACUGUGGCUGCGACUCAGCUUCCUUCUCUCCAAGGAGGUGGGAAGAGGCAGCAGAAAUCCAACCAGGAGCAGGUGGGAUGGGGAUGGCUGCACUAAGCUGCUUAGUUUUCAGCAAAACCUGGUUGUAAGAGCUGCCAAAAAUAACAUCCCCCCCGGGGGGGGCACAGCUGCCACUUUAACCCACCAGUGGCUCCAGGAGCUUUUUGUUCCUCGGUGAUUAACAGGAAGAAACGAGGCCGGGUCCUGUCCCGUGCUUCCUUCUCCACGUCUCAUCCCUCCCUUGAGCAUUCCCUGAAGGAAGCCUCCAGCAGCCUGGCAGUGCAUCCCUUACAAAUCCCUCUCUCCCUGGCUGCAAAUCCUCAACAGCUGCAGCCCCCAGCAUCUGGUAUUUCCUAAGGGACAGGCAGCAGCAAUUCCCAGUGGGUAUUUUUUAGGGCAAAUGCUUGUGUGUGUAGGGUGGGAUGGGUUCCCCCAGCACCACCAGAGGCUGGGGAGCUGCUCCCGGGGUGCUGGGCCAGCACUGCUGUGCUGCAGAGGCUGCUCUGGGCGCUUUGCCGGCGUUCCCAAAGGAGAAGAGGCUCUUCCGGGGGGGUUUCAGAAGCUGUGGAAGGGCUGGUGAGAGGCACUUGCACCUGACCGCGCAGGAGCAGGUCUGGCCCGCCAGGGAAGCUGGGCCUCCUGCCCAUCCCACUGGCAGCCUUUGGUUUUGCCCCAUGGAUCAGAGGCUGGAGCCGGGAAUGUGCCCCCCCUGCAGGGGCUGCGGUUUAAUCCUCCCUAGCCUGGGCUCCCGCGGCAGCUUCCGCAGGCAGAGCAGGGCUUUGGGAAGCGCCAAUGGAAUUCUACCGGGGGGCUGAGCCCUGGCACCAGCCCUGGCGGCGUGAUCCGGAGUGGGAAGAAGGAUGGGAGAGGCUGGAAGCAGCACCCCGGGGCCAGCGCUGGCACCGGCUGCAGCGCCCGGGGAGCGAGGAGCCUCCCGGCGCUUCUCCUUCCAGCUGCUGCACCAGCCCCGAGUCAAUUCAUCUUGCUUUGAAAAACCGGCGUGGAAGGGGGGAGGGAGGGUUA